AUGAACCCUGGCAGCGGCGGUGGCGGGGCGGCACCGGCUUUCCCCGGCCCCGUGCAGUUUCCCGGCGGCACCACUGUGCUGGUGGAGCUCACCCCCGACAUCCACAUUUGUGGCAUCUGCAAGCAGCAGUUCAAUAACCUCGAUGCCUUCGUUGGGCACAAGCAAAGCGGUUGCCAGCUCACUAGUGCAACGGCCGGGGCCACCAGUACGGUCCAGUUUGUGUCGGAAGAAACGGUGCCAUCCACACAGGCACAAACCACAACCAGGACCAUCGCUUCGGAGACCCAAACCAUCACAGUUUCUGCACCAGAGUUUGUUUUUGAGCAUGGCUAUCAAACGUACCUGCCCAGUGAGAGCAGUGAGCCUCCAACUGCUGCUAUCGUCUCUACACCACCAAAAGCACGUUCAAGAAAAUCCACUUCCUCACUUACACAGAAGAAACUAAACUGCUGCUAUCCAGGUUGCCAGUUCAAGACUUCCUAUGGUAUGAAAGAUAUGGAACGUCAUCUACGAACACAUACAGGAGACAAGCCCCAUAAAUGUGAAGUUUGUAACAAAUGUUUCAGUCGUAAAGAUAAGCUGAAGAUGCAUAUGCGUUCUCAUACUGGGGUGAAGCCUUACAAAUGUAAACACUGUGACUAUGCAGCUGCUGACAGCAGCAGUCUCAACAAGCACCAGCGCAUUCACUCCAACGAGCGUCCUUUUAAAUGCCAGAUCUGUCCUUACGCAAGCCGCAACUCUAGCCAGCUAACUGUACAUCUCAGAUCCCACACGGGAGAUGCUCCUUUCCAAUGUCAGAUGUGUCCUGCUAAAUUUAAAAUCAACUCAGACUUGAAGAGGCACAUGCGUGUGCAUUCUGGUGAAAAACCUUACAAAUGUGAGUUCUGUGAGGUCCGGUGUGCCAUGAAAGGAAACUUGAAAUCACACAUUCGUAUCAAGCACAGCAUGGAAAAUACUCUCAAGUGUCCGGAGUGUGAAUUUCAGUGUGGAAACAAAACAAGCCUUCGGCACCACAUAAGAACUCAUCAGCCUGAACAACCAGUGAAGUGCUCAGAGUGCAACUACUCUUGCUCCAACAAGGCAGCUCUGAAAGUGCACGAGCGAAUUCACUGCAAAGAUCGUCCUUUCAAAUGUGAAUUCUGCAGCUUUGAUACCAAACAGCGGAGCAACCUGACAACUCAUGUGAGGAAAGCUCAUGGUGACAAAGUCAAGACCAAGAAGCAAACAGUGGAGAAGAAGGAAGGAGAUAGGCCAAAGCAAGGUGGCUCCAGGCAAGUUGCCAAAUUGGAUGCCAAGAAAGCAUUUAAGUGUGACCUGUGUGACGCUUCCUUUGUCCGAGAAGAUUCUCUUAGGAGUCAUAAGAAGCAGCACAGUAUGUAUAAUGGAUCUAAAAAUAACGAACUGGCUGUUCUGCAGCUCCAGAUGGAUCCCAGUCGGCAGACCAGUGCCCCAAUUACUGUCAGUCACCUCCAGGUCCCACUUCAGGCUGCUCAGGUUUCUCCAUACAAUGAGGGAAGGGUCAAGAUCAUUGUGGGUCACCAGGUCCCUCAGACUAACAGUAUCGUUCAGGCUGCAUCAGUGAAUGUCGUGCCUCCUACAUUAGUUAGCCAGAAUCAGGAAGACCUCUCAGCCAACAGCCGCUUGCAGCUUCUGGGCCAAGUCAGUUUGUUGGCACCACCUCCGCCUCCCAUAUCUCAAAGCGAAGCAGGGCCUGUGGCACACCCAGCAGUUCUUCUCACAACCCAUGACCAAAGCGAUGGAAGCGCUUUACAUCAAACUCUGAUUCCUGCUGCUCCUGUCAGCAGUCAUGAGGCUUCAGCAAACCAAGCUUUCAUCACCAGCUCUGGAAUCAGCUGCUCUGACUUAGAAGGCCUUAAUGCUUUGAUACAAGAAGGAGCAACAGAAGUGACUGUGGUUAGUGAUGGAGGUCAGAGUAUAACAGUGUCCACUUCGGCUCCCCCUCCUCCUAUCUUUUCUUCAUCCUCUCACGCAGAAGCCCCAAAGCAGACCUAUUCUAUCAUUCAAAGCGGAGCCCAUACAGCUUUGCUGUGUCCAGCAGACUCCAUACCAGAUUAGUCACAAAGUACUAUUACUAAACAAAUUUCAAUCUCAGAGGCAGUGCUGAAUUCAGCAGAAAUGCGUAGGACAUAAGUGAAUGCAGGAUUUGUCCUGCAAAGCCAAGUACCUUCCACUUACACAUUUUACUUGUCUGUGCAUGGAAACAUAACAUCUUGUAUGUGAAAAAGAGGAUGUGUAUAUUUAUGUGCCUCUGUUGAAGUCGGAGGCUGUGUUCUCUGUAAAAUCUGAGCAUCGAAGCAGCUGUUGACAAUUUCACCAAGCAGUAAGCCUCCCAGAAUAUGAUUCUUUUACUGUCCUGGCUAAAAUAAGAAAGCCUCGCCUUAUGAUGAAUUACCUUCACAGCAGACUCGUUCUUUCAUGCACACACGAAAAGGUAAUAGUCCAAGCCAUUCCAAAGUAUAUUUUUAAGUGAAUGUGUCAAUUUUAAAGUUAACUGUUUCAAUUACAUGCUAUGUGUGCAUUAACUGCACCUGGCUGAUUGUUGAUCUGUAAGAAAUGUCUACUGCUGGGUCUAAUGCAGCCCUAGUAAAGUUUAAGGGGGCUGUUCCUUAAUAUCUAUAGAAGUUGCUAGCACCUGGCUCUUAAUCUGAAAAUGGUUAUGCAGAAGACCAGGUGAUCAUUUUUAGAAAACAAAAUAAUUUUGUCCAUCCAUCAGUAAUAACUAACUUUGUUAGCAAGAACACUAUGGCAAAUUAUAUAUAUGGCACAGUGAUCUCUGUCAGAGGCAUCUGUGUUUUAAAGAACAAAACAACUGCAAAUAUAUUUUUUACAAACACAAAUUUUGUUUUUAUUUUGAUGCUACCUGUUUGUAGUUGCAUGGGUGGUAAAAGUGCAUUACAUUUUGGCUCUGUUCUUUUCAAGUUAAAGGGGAAAAAGGAAAAGAUAGGAUUCAUUCCAUUUAAAAUUAAAAAAAAGUAGAUUAGAAUCCAAGGUCUGAAAUUCUAGCAUAAAUUCAGAUUGGAUCACAAUGAGAUAGUAAUUUACCAUUAUACGAUGCACACUUUUAUAAUGAGUUCUAGGCUGUAUUUUGAAAUAUGCAAUGUUAUAGUCCUAUCUGGUGAGCAUUCUUGUAGUGGUAACUAAUAAUAUCUUCACUACCAAACUAUCUAGUUAAAGAACAGACUUUCAACUUGGGAAAAUAGACAGCUCUGUAGGUGCCUGGAUCUGCAAAAAUCAGAGAUCAUUUCACAGCCAGACAGCAUCCCAAGGACAAUUGUUAACAUACAUGAAGACUGAAAAGAGACGGUUAUCAAAACUAGCUCUGAGAUUCCCUCUUGGGGAAUCAAAGUCAAGUUAAAUUUAGCAGUAUUUGCUAGUGGGAGACAUUGAAUGAUUGCUUUAUGUGCUAGAAACAUGCUUGGAAAACUUAUAAAGAUUAAUUAGGGCCACUUUCUGAAUAGGGCUCGUGUUUGAAAUUUUUAGCUUGUACAGCCUUUAUUCUGUGUAUGUGGGGGUGCUCCCCGCUCCUUCCCUCUGCGUGGUACGUACUCUAUGUACAGUGUAAGGCUUCCUGCUUUACAAUGAUGAGUAGGAAAAUGUAAUCAUAACUCCCAAGUACAGUCAUACAGAUUGUUCUUGAAAAUGUGACCUUUGGUUUUUGUUGAAAUAAGGGUUGUUUAAACUUGACUGCUCCAGUAUCACUGUCUUCAUUAUUUAUGGGAAAUAGUAUUUUUGAAGAUCCAUAUUGCUUCUGCCUUCCUAAUCCUUGAUUCUAAAUUGAUGUUCUUUUAAAACAAAAAACCUUCCGGAUGAUCUUGGUUUUAAAAUCUGGGUUUUGAUUUGAACUGUCUGACAGUGUGCCUGACACUUGUGGAUGUCAGAAAAGACCACACUCCAGUUAGAGGGACAAACUUCAUAACUGCUUAAUUAAAAAGGCAUUAUUAAAGACUUGUUUCCUAGCCCCAUGCUGUAUUGAAAUAUGAAGCAAAAGUUGUAAGUUCACUGACAGUUGUGUUUCAGGGUUUAUUAUUCCCUACACUUGUUCUCCAACUUUUCUGGUGAUACAGGUUUGUCACCUGUUACUUAUCUCUUCCCUACAGAUAGGUGAUGUAAGGAGCUGACAAGACCCCGUUCCAAGUCACCAAGCACACCUAUUUUUAUAUAAAUUAGAAGUAGGUGGGAGGUUUUUACUACAUUAGAUCACUGCAGAACAUUCAUUGAGAACAAUAAAUUGAAAGCCUAGAUACUUUGAAUUUUAAUGCUGGCAUUGCUGUUUUGUGGCUCUCCAGUCAUGUUUCAUUGUUGUGCCUAUAGCACAGACCUGAUCAUUACAUUUCAAGUGUGUUGAGACUGCUUGUAAAGCACUUGGAAGAUAAAAGGCAUUGCAGGUAAGUGCUUGAUCUUAUUAUAUGUGGUCCCUGAUAUCCAGGUUGUAAAUGAUCACUGGAGCAGCAUAGAUCAAGCACUUUGUUAUCUUUGAAUUAAAAUGCAUGGCAUAGUAGCAAUUCUUCACUGUUAACCCAUCUCCAAAUGUAUGUGUACAUAUGUGCAUGAUCUGUACCAUCAGGCUGUGUACAGCGUUUCUAUGCACUGGGCCAAUAGUGAUUGUAAACACUAGUGAAAGAUGGGGCACUUUCAGUCCUGUAACAGCAAAUACACAUUUUUCACCCAGCUUACAGUGGUUCUAGACCAUGCCUAGCACUGGCGUUGCAGGGAAGGAGAUGCUUCCCCAGGAGCGUGGGUGCCCAGCAGGGCUGAGCUGCCCAGGCUGCAGCAUGUGCUGACGGGCAGCUGAGCUGCAGGAGAGCAAGCUUGGGGAAAGUUCAAUGCAGUUGAAGUUCAAGUCUGUUUGACCUGGAGAGGGAGGCAGGCUCCUUCAGGUCACCUCAGUGGUCCAGUUUGCAGCACUGCUCCACAAACAGUUACACUAGCAUAGCAAAGUAGGUUGUAAACUACAACCAGGAUCAAACCAGAGAUGGGUCAGGUGGGACAUUUCUUCCAACUCCUUUUUUGCCAAAUCGUAAUACUGAGCAACACAAAUGGUGAUAGCAAAUUAUACUCUCAGCUUUCAAAACCUAUGCUAGGUCUUUGAAUAGGAGUAACUAGUCCAUUGGCAAUCUAGGUUUUAAUAGCAGUUAUUGUGUAUUUUCCCUUUAUUGUAAGACAAAAGAAUCUAAACUGAUCCGCCCUCACAUAUUUGGUUUUGUCACUGGUAAGUCUGCCUCUGUGUCUGCUUGCUCACACGCCAUCUUCCCAAUAUUUCCUGCUGGUUGAUUUUAUGAAGGCUGGCGAUCUUAAGGAUAAUUAUGUUUAAUUUCUACAAGCCAUGUGGGUACAGAGUUUAAGUAGCCCAACUGAGGGGCUUGCAUGUCAGGAGUCCCCAGUGAUGGAGCUUUCCAAGUGCUCAAGCUGGACAAGAAACUUCUGCCUAGGCCACGGGACAGGAGCUGGUGGCUGUAUGUUACUACAAAAGGAAUGGUACUCUUAUUUUAAGAUAAAAGUUUGAAGGUAGUUAGACUAGCUGCUGAUAGGCAAGCUUUCAGGUAUAGAAAAUUGUACCAAGCCUGAAAACUUGAAAGUGCAAAUGUACUACAAUUUGGCAACUGAAAAGUAACAAUUUUCAUAUACUCCUUGGUAUAAAUGAACUCCGCGUGCGGGGUUUCAUGAGCAUGAAGUAUUUUGUAUCAUCUAUAGGUGGUGCUAGAGAUCCAGAUAAACUCUUAAGUGUGGCCUGUUCUGCUGGAUGUUUUGUUUCCUGUUAGAGUUCCCUGCUUUUAACUCUUUCCCGGGUAAAAAUAUUUCAAAAUCCACUUUUAGAAGACGUUACAAAAAGCUUAGCUGCAAAAAUCUUACUUUCAUUUGAGAUAAAAAGCAACAAAUAAAAAUGUCCCAAGUUUUCUACUGUUAAGAUCCCAUGGAGCAGAUUUAUGGCCAGAAGUUAAUCUCACAAUUUAUGUUAAACUGAUCAUUUUUGACUCCUUGUUAAUUAAUUUUAAUCUGUACAUAGUUUGCAAUUGCAGAAUUGUCAUG